AUGAUGCCCAGUAGUGCUGAGCCCCGCCCUCCUUCCCUGUCAGUGACGCCCACAAUGAUGCCCAGUAUCGCUGAGCCCCGCCCACCUCCCCUGUCAGUGAGGCCCACAAAGACUGCCAGGUACACUGAGCCCAGCCCACCUGCUCUGUCAGUGACGCCCACAGUGACACCCAGUAGCGCUGAGCCACGCCCACCUCCAAUGUCAGAUGCAGUGACUUUUGAUGAUGUGCAUGUAAACUUCACUGAGGAAGAGUGGAAUUUGCUGGAUCCUUCUCAGAAGAAUCUCUACAGAGAUGUGAUGUUAGAAACCUACCUGAACCUCAAAGCUAUCGGCUAUAAUUGGGAAGACCAUCACCUUGAAGAACAUUUUCAAAGUAGUUCAAGACAUGAAAGACAUAAAAGAACAAAUACGGGAGAGAAAACUUCUGAAUGUAAUCAAUGUGGUAAAGCCUUUGCAAGACCGAGUGAUCUCCAAAGACAUAAACUGACACAUACUGGAGAGAAACCUUAUGAAUGUAAUCAAUGUGGUAAAGCCUUUGCAAGACCCAGUCAUCUGCAGUAUCAUAAAAGAACACACACUGGAGAGAAACCUUAUGAAUGUAAUCAAUGUGGUAAAGCCUUUUCACAUCACAGUAAUCUCCAAAGACAUAAACUGACACAUACUGGAGAGAAACCUUAUGAAUGUAACAAAUGUGAUAAAGCCUUUGCAGGUCACAGUGAUCUCCAAAAUCAUAAAAGAACACAUAUUGGAGAGAAA